AACAGAGGUGCUAGAGUUAAUGGAAGAGUCCAGUGCAGCUGUCCAGGUUUAUGCGCUGGAAUCAGCUACCGCCUGCACCCAGAGGGUUAAGGACUGCAAUGCCGAGCUCAAAACUCACCAUGCACAAAGCGAUGCACUUGAGAAGUCCAUAAAGGCUCAAGUUGACCGGGUAGUGAACAUCAUGGACAGUAGGUCGGCAGCUUUAGAAAAAGACACCAAUACAGAGAAAGCAACAGUGUCCACUCUGAUUGACCGGACGACCGUUUUCUCAAGGAACAUGCUGGAAAUGGUCCAAGAUAACAAGAAGCAAAUGAGUAGUUGCAUGACAGAAAUAACUGAAGAUAAUCCAACUGGACUGACGCCAGUUAGAAGCAACUACAACUACCGUCGGUUACAGAAUGCUCCUGUCCGAGAUGGCAACAUUGGCAAUGGAGACAGCAUAGAAGAGUACAGGAUCCCAGAAAAAAAGCAGUCAGAAUAUGUUAAAACCGGUCGCCUUCAAAGAGAACGAAGCCGGUGUCACCGGAGCACGAGAACCCGGAGGCCGGACAGCCUAAGGCUGAGCCAGUGAGUAACGCGUAUGAAGUAUUCAAUAUUGCAGUGAGGCGGUAACUCGACAUGCCGUCGACCUCGGUACUUUUAUCCAGAACUCGGACGACAUUAAUGUCGUGCACCCUACAGUACCAGAGCCGCCGGUCGAGGAAGGGCCCGAGCCACAACCCGGGACGACAUCGAGGGAGUGUAUUGCAGACACAGGAUCGUGGUAUGCAUUGCCGACGGGGGCGCAGUGGACGGAGUGGGCGAAGGCGGAGGGGAUACAACCGACCCUCAGGGAGUGUACAUCUGGAGCGAGAGCGAAGAGGACAACGUGUUAGAGGACGAUGUGAUUGAGGACAAACCUGCAUUAAGGUUGUCGACCUCCGAGUCCUCUGGGUCAUCCAGAUCGUCCAGGGUAACACACGUGUCCUCUACGUCCAGGUCGUCCAGGGCGUCUUCACCCAUGUCCUCUGCAUCCUCUUCGUCCAGCUCGUCUAGGUCGACUUCACCCGCGUCCUCUUCGGGUAGCUCGGCCACGUCGGGCUCAUUGGGGGACUAUUAUCCCUUUGAAUCGUCGGACUCUGAUGUACCACAGCCGGUCCCUGUGGUGGCUGUCCCUCAGUCAUCGUCGGAGGACUCUGAAGUGGAGCAGCCGGUCCCUUUGGUGGCUGUCCCACCACCAAGACGGAGGAGGGAAAGAGUCACAAGGGCGGAGGAGCUCGCCAUCAACAUGACAUUUGCUGACGAAAUUGUCGCGUCUGCCCUUUCGAGGAAAACGAUUGCUAUCGAGGUCGUCAGGGAAAAGUACUGCUUUGCUUCAAUGGGGCGUUUGACUGUUGAACAGGUUAGGGCGAAAGUCCGUAACAUUGCCCGGAAGAGAGCAGCUCGCCUGGCGGCCGCUCGAUAGUUUAUUAUUCUAUUUUUUGUUAUGUGUUUUUUUAUAUGUUUCAUUUUCCUUGUUUGAUUGAUUAUGUAUAAGUAUACCAUGAUAUUAUGAUUUUGUUAACUUUUUUUCAAUCUACAUUGUUUAUUAGUUUGCUUUUUAUUUUCUGUUCUUUGAAUUUACAUGUAUACAUUUGCUUCAAGUUUGUUUAAAUAAAUAUGUAUUAGUAAACAUUGUAAGGACUGGUUCUACCCAGGAAAAUACUUGAUUAUUUGUGAAUGUUUUUAUUGCUUUUAUGUUAUUGAUUUAUAUGAUUUUUGUUUUGUUUUUGUCUGAGAAUAAAAUAUUAUUAAAUAGUUUUUAAUAAUAUAACAGACAGUAAUUAGUAUACAUUUUAAGUACUGGUUCAACCCAGGAAAAUGCUUGAUUUUUUGUUUUCUUUUUUUACAUUAUCAUUGAUUAGUACUGGUUGUAUUUAUUACCCAGGAUUUUUGUCUGAAAAUAAAACAUUAUUACAAAGAUUGUAUAAUAUAACAGACA